AUGCAGUUGGGCAUCUUAGAGAAAGGUGGGGUGUUAGCCAACAUUGAGGUUAGGCCCACAUUCAAUAAGGAGAUCAAGGCCAAGAAGUUUGAGGAUGAGAGUUUGAAUGAGCUCAGAAAGAAGAUAAUGUCUUGCAAUGCACAAGAUGCGGCUCUUGAUGCGGGUGGUGUGCUCAGUUUUAGGGGAAGAAUUUGUGUUUCCCGAGUUGAUGACAUGAUUCAGAAGAUGUUGAAAAAACCCCAUUGUUCGUGGUAUUCCAUUCAUCCGGGUAUGACCAUGAUGUAUCCAGAUUUGAAACGACUUUAUUGGUGGCCUGACAUGAAGAAAGACAUAGCUAAGUUUGUGGCUAAGUGCCAAAACUGUCAACAGUGGGAAAGGAUAGAUAUGGACUUUGUGGUUGGUCUUCCCAAGACCUUGGGGAAGUUUGACUCCAUUUUGGUGGUGGUUGACAGACUGACUAAGUCAGCCCACUUUAUUUCAGUCAGAGUAGACUAUGAUGCUCAGCAUUUGGCUAAGGGGUUUGAGGCUAGAGAUAUGAAACCUUUGGGGGUUGAUUUGGUGAAAGAUGCUAAGGAUAAUGGGAGAAGCAUCCAACCUAAGCGUCUAGCAGCCCAGAGUCGACAAAAAAAGUAUGUAAACUGUAAGGUAAAGGACAUAACAUUUCAGGAUGGUGAGCAAGUUAUUUUAAAAGUGUCACCCAUAAAGGGGAUGAUCAGAUUCUGCAAGAAGGGGAACCUCUGUCCUCGAUACAUUUGGCCAUUUAAAAUUCUUGACACUAUAAGGCCAGUGGCUUAUAGGUUGGCUUUACCGCCUAGCCUAUCUGGAGUCCACCCAGUGUUCCACGUAUCCAUGUUGAAGAAAUAUCACGGGGACAAAGAUUACAUCAUAAAGUGGAACUCAGUUUUGUUAGACAAAUAUGUUCAGUAUGAGGAAGAACUGGUUGCGAUUCUUGAUGGUUAUAUCCGUAAGCUAAGGACCAAGGAAUAA